ACCUUCAAGCCUCUUACAACUAACUUAACUAACUGAAUGCUUGCAGCCUCACCCAAUCAAUACCUAUCAUUGCUACAAAAAUGCAAGACCAUGGCCCACCUCAAGCAGAUCCACUGCCUUUUCAUCAUCACAGGCCUUUCCCAAGACACCUUCUUCAUGACCAAGAUCCUCCAUUUCUGCAUGUUUGUGCGGCCCCGCUAUCUCGAUUACGCUUCGCUCAUCUUCGAUCGAAUCGAUGCACCCGAUACCUUUAUUUGGAAUACCAUGAUAAGGGGUUUUUCUAUCAGUCCUCAGCCUGAGAAAUCCAUUGUCUACUUUGCUAGAAUGCGCCGGAAUGGCGUAAUUCCCGACAGUCAUAGCUACCCUUUUCUUCUCAAGGCCCUUUACAAGACGAAGGAAGAGAACCUAAAUCAGAUCCAUGGUCAGAUUGUGAAAUCUGGGUUGGAUUUCAAUACAUUUGUGAGGAAUUCUCUGGUUUCGGCUUAUGCGAAUGGUGGGGACUUGGUUUCUGCAUGGCAAGUGUUUGGUGGAAUUGGCGAGAGAGAUACGGUUGCUUGGACAGCAAUGAUUGAUGGGUGUGUUAGGAAUAAUCGAGCAGAGGAGGGCUUGAAUCUUUUUAUGGAGAUGAGAAUGUUGGGUGUUGAGAUUGAUGAAGUGACUAUUGUCAGUGUUCUGUGUGGGGUUGGAAUGGUGGGGGAUGUUUGGCUUGGGAGAUGGAUUCAUGGUUUUUAUGUAUUGUGUGGGAGGGUGAUUUGGGAUGUUUUUGUGGGUGGUGCUCUUGUGGAUAUGUAUGCUAAAUGUGGCUAUUGUGAUGAUGCCCGAAAAGUUUUCGAUGAAAUGCCUCUAAAAAAUGCCAUUUCUUGGAGUGUGUUAAUAGCCGGUUAUGUUCAAUCUAGUAGGUUCAAAGAUGCAUUAGUAGUCUUCCAAGACAUGCUUCUAGAAGAGGUCGUGCCAAAUCAACCCACAUUUACUAGUGUUCUCACUGCAUGCGCACAACUCGGGGCCAUAGAUCAAGGGAGGUGGGUCCAUAUGUACAUGGAUAAGAACAAGUUGGAAAUGAAUUUGAUGCUAGGGACAGCAUUGAUAGACAUGUAUUCAAAAUGCGGGUGUAUAGAUGAGGCAUUCAUGGUCUUUCAGAGUUUGCAUCGAAAGGAUGUGUAUCCUUGGACUGCAAUGAUUAAUGGACUGGCCAUGCAUGGGCAUGCCCUAAGGUCCUUAGAUCUCUUCUCUAGAAUGUUAAGGGAUGGUGUCCAUCCCAAUGCAGUCACUUUCAUAGGUGUUCUUAGUGCAUGUUCUCAUGGUGGCUUGGUUGAUCAUGGGCGAAUGCACUUUGACUACAUGAGUCAAGUUUAUGGUAUUAAACCUAGUGUAGAGCACUAUGGUUGUAUGGUUGAUCUCUUGGGUCGCGCAGGUCAUUUGGAAGAAGCAUGGGAUUUGAUUGAAAACAUGCCAAUGGAACCUAGUGCUGGUGUCUGGGGAGCUCUCUUUGGUGCUUGCAUGAUCCACAAGGAUUUCAAGCUAGGGGACCGUGUUGGAAAGCAUUUGAUCAAGUUGCAACCACAUCAUAGUGGUAGAUAUGCCCUUCUAGCUAACAUGUACUCGAUCUCUCAGAAGUGGGAAGAAGCGGCCCACAUAAGGAAGCUGAUGAAAGGGAAAGGGGUGGAAAAAACACCAGGAUGUAGUUGGAUAGAGAUCGAUGGUGCAAUUCAUGAAUUCAUUGCCUUGGACAAAUCUCAUUCCAAAUCCAAUGAUAUCUAUCUGAUGUUAGAUGGAAUCACUAUACAAUUGAAAGCGGCCGGAUAUGCGCCAGAUGCUGCACCAUUGCUAUUUGACAUGGACUCGGGGUAAGCAAAGAAACUAUAUUUCUAGUAUCCAAAGCACAAUAUCACUGCCAAAAUUGGUAGGGAUCCUUACAUGGGGAAGUUAAGAUAUUCAAAUUGCUAUGUUUCCAUGCUGUAAAACAAUUACACUCCCAUUUUGAAUAGAAGUUCUACAAUCCUCAUUUAUCUC